CUAACUGUCCUAGCGGCGGGGAGCUUGUGUGCGGUGCCGAGAAACCCUCGGAAGCUGAGGCGGAAGCUGAGGCGGCAGCUGCCGGACAGGGGGAUGGCGCCCCCGAAUACGGUCUCCCAGAAGAAGUACAUAAAGCGGAAGGCUCCCCGCGGCUUUCUGAGGCGGGUCCUCAAGCGUCAUAAGCCUCACCUUCGUCUGGAGAAAAGUGGCGACUUACUGGUUCAUCUGAGCUGUUUACUGUUUGUUCAUCGAUUAGCAGAAGAGUCCAGGACAAAUGCUUGUGAGAGUAAGUGUGGAGUCAUUAAUAAGGAGCAUGUGAUGGCUGCAGCAAAGGUAAUUCUGAAGAAGAGCCGAGGUUAGACAUCAAAGAACACAUUCUGGAAAAUAAUAUGAUGCAUUAUUUUAGGUGGUAACAGGUCAUAAGAACAUUUUUUUGCCUAUCAUGGAUUAUUAAAACAUUGGCUAGUUCA